GCUCCAAAUCAGCUCGCCAUGGCCUUUAAGUACUUCGCUCUCUUUGCGCUCAUUGCUGCCGCCAGCGCUGGCAUCUUGCCCGCUCAGCCUGCUGUUUACCAUGCUGCUGCUCCAGCUGUAGCCUAUGCUCAUGCUCCAGUUGCCGUAGCUCAUGCGCAUCCAGUGCUGGCCAAGCACGACGAUGAAUACGAUCCCCAUCCCCAGUACAAAUUCGCCUACGAUGUGCAGGACUCGCUCUCCGGCGAUUCCAAGAGCCAGGUCGAGGAGCGCGAUGGCGAUGUGGUGCGUGGCGAGUACUCGCUGGUGGAUGCCGAUGGCUACAAGCGCACUGUCCAGUACACCUCCGAUCCAGCCAAUGGCUUCAAUGCUGUGGUCAACCGCGUGCCCCUCGAUCAUGUGAUCAAGACUGUCGCCCAGCCCGCUGCUGUCUAUCAUCACUAA